CAGAUCUUGAUUCUUCACUGUCACUGUACAGCGGGAGCUGCGGAGCUACAGGAGGGUGGGAGGAGGAGGAGGAGGAGAAUGGGGAAAACGACGUCGUCUAGUGGAGGGAAGCAGGGGCUGGGAUGGAUGGAGUGGCUGAGGGGAUGGCUGUAUGUGAUAUACGAGAUGCUGUUUCAGAGAAUCUCCGCCAGCCAUUUGCAGAACCCCUUGCCUUUGCCUCCUCUCCACGAUCUCACCUGCAUCAUCACCGGAUCUACCAGCGGAAUCGGCCUCCAAAUCGCCAGACAGUUGGCGGAAGCAGGGGCGCAUGUGGUUAUGGCGGUGAGAAAUUCCAAGGCGGCUAAUGAUUUGAUUCAGAAGUGGCAGAGUGAGUGGUCUGGGAAAGGCCUUCCUCUCAACAUUGAGGUGAUGGAACUUGAUCUCCUCUCCUUGGAUUCUGUCGCGAGAUUUUGUGAAGCGUGGAAUGCACGAUCAGCACCUUUGCAUGUUCUUAUAAAUAAUGCGGGAAUAUUUUCCAUUGGAGAACCACAAAAAUUUUCAAAGGACGGGUAUGAAGAACACAUGCAAGUGAAUCAUCUGGCUCCAGCAUUGCUUUCAAUAUUGCUUUUGCCAUCCCUUAUUAGAGGCUCUCCAAGUCGAAUUGUUAAUGUGAAUUCUGUUAUGCAUUACAUUGGCUUUGUUGACACGGAAGAUAUGAAUGUUGUUUCUGGGAAAAGAAAAUAUACAAGUUUGGUUGGAUACUCUAGCAGCAAGCUAGCACAGGUCCAGUUUAGCAGUGUCCUCCAUAAGCGGCUACCUGCUGAAGCUGGUGUUAGUGUAGUAUGUGUGUCACCUGGAGUUGUCCAAACAAACGUUGCAAGGGAUCUUCCUAGAAUUGUUCAAGCCGCUUAUCAUCUAAUACCCUACUUUAUCUUCACUCCUCAAGAAGGCUCUAGAAGUGCUUUGUUUGCAGCCACUGACCCGCAGAUUCCAGAAUACUGUGAAAUGUUGAAAGCAGACGAGUGGCCUGUCUCUGCUUUCAUCUCUCAGGAUUGUAAUCCAACAAAUCCUUCAGAAGAAGCCCACAACAUUGAAACUUCUUACAGAGUGUGGGAGAAGACAUUGGAGCUGAUUGGUCUUCCUCUUGAUUCUGUGGAGAGGCUUAUAGAAGGAGAAGAAGUUAAAUGCCGAUACGGGGGUCAGGCGGAGGAGUAGUUCUCAUCUCAUGGUUAGUAUUAUUCGUCUCUGUAGGCAUGCUCCCAGGUGAGGAACACCGAACACAUAUGGCUGACUAGCUUUGCUAUGUAUAUCUGGUUGGGUGUCUGUUGAGGAAAUCCACUUUUAUCAAUCACUAAGUUAUAUUUUCAAAUGAAGAAAGAAAUAGUGAACAGUUUGAGAAGGAGUUCCAUCCAUUCUUGGAAAGAAAAUGGAAUCCCCUGCUUCUAAAGGUUUCUUCUGACUUAGUUGUAUGAUAAAUGGUACUUACUUUUAACACUUGCCCUUUGAAGAAUUUGUCAGCUACUGUAUUAAACCAUGGUUGUUUCUUUAAUCAAUCUUUAGUUACAGCCUUUGAAGGUUUGUUUUUUUUUU